CAACUCUCCUUUUACCAUUGGACGGAACGGCCGUCAAUCAAACAAGAGGGCGGGGCCAAGCCCCUCAUGAUUUGACAGCAGGUCGAAUUGCGCCGUUUAGGCUGAGUUAUAUACUUUAUGAUGGGUCCUGACCGUCUACCGACGAGAACCAAGGACACCCUCUCUAACUGACGUCACAGGAUCCGUUCCAACACGGAAACCGAAAUGGUGGGGGCUCGUCGUUAGUCGGUACUGUUGUGAUGGUCUUCCGAUCUCUCAUCUACUUCUAUCCACAACCUGUUACACACGUUAAAUAAAACACGUCAAUCUGAAAAGAAGACUUAGAAAAAAAAUGUUCAACAAACGAAGCCCUGUCGCUGUGUGACCAAAAUGGACGAUCGCUGGAGAAAGUUGACAGAUAAUUCGACCUCUGUCCUCUUGUCAGUUUAACACGUUUCUUUCCGUUGAUCGAGAUUCCCGUGUGUAGAUCUACAACCAUGGGGAAGUUAGCACGCUGUCUCCUGCUGCUGUUGCUGCUGUCUUGGAAAGGAACCGACUUACAGGUGAAGUCAGUGAGUGUAACUCUACCAGAGUCUCUAUUGUUUGUGUCUACUCUGGAUGGGAGUCUACAUGCUGUCUCCAAGCAGUCUGGAGACAUCAAAUGGACCCUCAAAGAAGAUCCCAUCAUCCAGGUGCCUGUCUACCUUACUGAGCCAGGGUUUCUCCCUGACCCCAACGAUGGCAGUCUCUAUGUCCUGGGAGGAAAACACAAGGAAGGACUGAUGAAACUGCCCUUCACCAUCCCAGAGCUGGUCCAGUCUGCUCCCUGUAGGAGCUCUGAUGGAGUCCUUUACACUGGUAAGAAGCAGGAUGUAUGGUUCGUGGUGGACCCCCAGACAGGAGAGAAACAGACCAGCCUCUCCACAUCAUCAUCUGACUCCAUUUGCCCCAAUGCACCACUGCUAUACAUAGGAAGAACAGAGUACAUGAUAACGAUGUAUGAUACGAAGACACAGGAGCUGAGGUGGAACGCAACAUACAACGACUACUCUGCCCCGCCGUACGAUGAGAAACACGACUACAAGAUGGCCCAUCUCGUCUCCAGUGGUGAUGGGUUGGUGGUGACCGUAGACAGAGAGUCAGGUGACGUCCUGUGGAUGCAAAACUAUGGGUCACCUGUGGUGGGGGUGUACCUGUACAGCCAGGACUCUCUGAGACACGCCCCUCACCUGUCAGUUGCCAUGGAGACGCUGCGUUACCUCACCUUCUCGUCCCACGACACACACACCAUGAAGUGGAGCUACCAGUUUGUCACGGAGCAGGCCAGCACACACACACAGCUGGUGCCCACUCUGUAUGUGGGGAAGCUGGAUUCUCAUCUGUACGCCUCCACCUCCCUGGUUCACGACGGAGUAUCUCUAGUGCCGCGGGGCUUGACACUGGCGCGUAUCGAGGGACCGGAGACCGAGGAGGUGACGGUUAGAGAGGAGGGAGAGUGUGAGAUCAUCCCGUCUACCGACGUACGAUACCCACCAGGCUCCACCAACACACUGAACAACCAGUGGCUCCUCAUAGGACACCAUGAGUUACCCCCGGUAGCCCACACCACCAUGUUGAGAGACUUCCCGGUAAACCUGCAGCGUUCCGGUGAUGCCGUUAUCCCGACCCGGUCUCAGAACAACCGCUAUGCAGACCAUCCUUUCCAGUCAGUAGGUCAUGGUGGUGGAGGGGGUCGUGGUUCGGGUCCUAGCGGCAGCAGAAGGACCCAAGCAGGAUCAAGAUCAGGGUUGUCCUCUAUCCUGCCCGACUAUAUAUACCAGGACCCUGUUACCGUGGUGAUCCUGUCUCUACUGCUGGGAGGAUGGCUUGCCUUCGCUCUGACUUAUCCACAGCAGCAGAAGGACCAGAGACAGCAGUUGGACGAAGCUCUGGAAUCCCGCCUCCAACACCUGCUAGACACGCCCUCUUCUGCAGACACACCCCCUUCUCCACCAGACACACCCCUUUCCCCAGGAACCCCCCUUCCUUCUGGAGCCCAGCCCCAGUCUGCAGACUCACAGCCGUCCUCUGUGGACCCUCCUCUCUCUGGCUCGCCCGGUAACAGUAGUGACGCUGUAGCCAGGAACGGAUCUGCUGUAACACGACACACACACGAUGGAGGGAUAGAGGAGGUGGAGGUAGGGAAGAUCUCCUUCUGUCCAUCAGAGAUUCUGGGACAUGGAACAGAAGGAACCUUCGUCUUCCGGGGCCGUUUUGACGGCCGUCGCGUGGCGGUGAAGCGGAUCCUUCCAGAGUGUUUUGACGUUGCAGAGCGAGAGGUCCAGCUGCUCCGGGAAUCGGACGAACAUCCAAACGUCAUCAGAUACUACUGCACCGAGAGAGACAAACUGUUCACCUACAUCGCUAUAGAACUGUGUGCUGCUACGCUACAACAGGUAGGUAGAUACUACUGCACCGAGCGAGACAAACUGUUCACCUACAUCGCUAUAGAACUGUGUGCUGCUACGCUACAACAGUAUGUGGAAGAUCCGUCGUGCCACGCUGGUCUCAGCCCUGUCACUGUACUACAACAGACCAUGUGUGGUCUCAGCCACCUCCACUCACUAAACAUAGUCCACAGGGAUCUGAAGCCUCGUAACAUCCUGUUGUCUCAGCCAGGCCCCCUGGGGCGGGUGAGAGCGCUGAUAUCAGACUUCGGCCUGUGUAAAAAGAUCCCUGAAGGAAGGACUAGUUUCUCUCUCCGCUCGGGGAUACCGGGGACAGAGGGGUGGAUCGCUCCGGAAGUACUGCUGGACACACCAGGAAACAACCCGACCCGUUGUGACCAGGCGGUGGAUGUGUUCUCGGCAGGCUGUGUGUUCUACUACGUGGUCAGUAGGGGGCAGCACCCGUUUGGUGACACGCUACGACGCCAAGCUAACAUCCUGACCGGGGAGUACUUCCUCACACACUUCCUGGAAGACGUGCAUGAUGACGUCAUAGCGCGGGACCUGAUUGAGCGAAUGAUCAACAGCGAUCCAGAGUCCCGCCCCUCCACUUCCUCUAUUCUUAAACACCCGUUCUUCUGGAGCCCUGAUAAGCAACUUCAGUUCUUCCAGGAUGUGAGUGACCGUAUAGAGAAGGAACCUACAGACAGCACCAUGGUGGUGAGGCUGGAGACGGCUGGCAGAGCUGUAGUACGAACCAACUGGAGAAUGCACAUCUCUGUUCCUCUGCAGACAGACCUGAGGAAGUUCAGGACGUAUAAAGGGAACUCAGUCAGAGACCUGCUCCGAGCCAUGAGAAAUAAGAAGCACCACUACCACGAGUUGCCAGCGGAGGUCCAGGAGACGUUAGGGGAGGUGCCUGAAGGCUUCGUUAGUUACUUCACCUCCCGGUUCCCGCGGUUACUUCUACACACACACACCGCGCUCAGCAGCUGUUCACACGAGAGACUUUUCCAACCCUACUACCUGCCCCCCACUGUUAAAUAACACACACACACAGGAAAGGUUGCUGGUUCAAAUCCCCCAGCCGACUAAAGUGAAAAUCUGCCAAUGUGCCCUUGAGCAAGGCACCUAACCACACUGGCUUCUGUAAGUUGCUCUGGAUAAGAGCGUCUGCUAAAUGACUCCAAUUUCAAAGUGUAAAUUCACUUCCUGUAGUAGAGCCGGAAUGACUGCCUCAUGAAUGACUACCUCAUGAAUAUUCAGAGACGGACUGGUACACUCCAAGACAAAAGCUUUUUAAAUGCUGUAAAGGUUUUACUCGUAACUUACAAGAUGAACUGAUU